AUGCCCCCUACCGUUGCAAUUUCAUGCCCAGCCCUGGGAAUUCGGCUGGACGGGAGCAGGCCGAGAUUCAGCCCCGGAGAUGUCGUUGUCGGCACCAUCUACCGGACUGCGCCCACUGUUGCGCCCGAGGCCCGACUAACGAUUAAGCUGCACGGCAAAUCCGAAGCUUCGAUGAUCUUGGCGAGAGGCAUGACCCAUAGGGAUUACUAUGGCCAAUUCAAUCUCAUUGAUUCCGAAGCAACCACCCAGGUCUUGGUAGCUGACAAGCCCCUCCAUAUCGAGCCGGCCAGCGAAGGCACUUCAUGGCCUUUUGCUCUAACCAUUCCAACGAGGGUCAAUCACGAAAGUCUGAUUGGACCUCGCAUUUGUCAAAGAAGUGCAUUCCUCCCUCUAAACCCCGAAGAAGCUGCCAUCCAACCGCUGCCGUCUGCUUUUCGGUCCAAAGGAUUCCGAUCGGGGAUAGGAGCUUUCGUGGAAUAUGUUCUGGAGGCCGAGCUUGAAUUGCGAGAGCGUGGAAAAACCAGAACCAGUCGAGCCGCGUUGCCAUUGCAAGUGCAGCAAUUCCUCACGGAGCCCCCAAUAACGGACUUUCAGCUCCAAAGACAUUCUUACAAUCGGAAAAUUAUCUCGCAACGGCUUAUACCUGGUCUCAAAGACUCCGGACUAUCCUUUACACAGAUGGCCCAGCAAUUCAUUGGCUCUUCCAAGUUGCCCAACUUCUCGUUCAAAGUUCAUGUCGAACUGCCGAAGCGCUUGCAGGUUGAAAAUACCAACUACAUGCCCCUACGAAUUGGGAUCGAACCCAUUUGGAGCCAGACCAGCGAAAUUAUCCAUGACGUGCCACAGAAUAUCAAACUAGAGUCUCUAGUCAUGCGCUUGAAGCCAAGUAUGAAAUUGGAAUGUGGUGAGCUGAAAGCCUGCGAUUCGCAAGAGAUAGAAUUGAUCUCAUCAGCGGCUGUCCGAGGUCUCAGCGAGGAAGUCUUUAUGUCAUGGGGCACUCUGGGACCCCCUGACUCAAAGAGUCGACCGGAGAUAGAAUUCAUCGAUGUCGGUGGACUUCUGGACUUCAGACUGGGGAGAUACAACCUCGGGAAGUUAUACCCUAGUUUCACGACGUACAACAUUCAGCAUACACAUCGGCUUUCAUGGGAGAUCCGGGGAGUCUUUGAUGAUGAAAAGAUGAAACUGACCGCUAGUCAUGAUGUUACGGUGCUGCCACCUUCCCACCUAGAGGAAGAAAUGCUACUUGUAGAGGACCCUCCGCCCUCUUUUGCUGAGAGCCAAAUGACAAGAGAGGCACGUGGAAACUUAUAG